GCGUACAUGCUAAAUAACUUGAUGCAUUCUGAUCAAUCUUUAACCGAUUCUUCAAAGUUCGUAUCAGCAAGCAGAUGUCGUAAAAACAGGUUGUGUUUUUUGCCUGAUUCGUUUGCCGUCGAUGGUGAUAGAGUCAUGUUUGGUCAUACUUUCGACUUGAUCCGCAUGCAACAAGCUUUUCCUAGUUUUGAAAUCACUGAUACCAGCAAUUUAGAUGUAGUUGUCGAUUUACAUCAUGGUGAAGUAGAAGGAGCUUUCAGUCAUGGACAGUUAUUUCUCUACGAUAUUUCGAACAUCUGUACCAUAAGAAACGUAUACACUAUGCAGCAAGCCCUAAUGGAGUACGGUUUUGGAAUGCGUCUAGCCUCGAUGUUCCUAAGACAAUUUUGGACUGAGUAUUUUGUUUUGGUGGGGGGAGAUUUUUCUGGCUGUAAUUUGGAAACGAUGAGUUUUUCCGGUGAUCACACUCCAUUUACCGUGCACUCUCAAGAACGUUCUUGUCUCUUUGAACCAGUGUCAAUAACUGAACGAUUGAACUUUCUUCUGCCAUUGCCGGACCGUCAAGAUUGUCAUGUUAAUUGUGUGAGAAAGAAUUUGUCUUCCUACAUUAGCUCCGAUAACAUUGAUUCGCACUGGAAAAAAUUUGGGACUAGAGCAUGGUACCUGGAGCUUUUUGCGAAUCCACUUAUUAGUUACGACCAACUAGCUCAUUUUCAUUCUUUGGUUUUGGUUAGCUGCCUUUAUACGUGCAAGUAUAUUCCAUGGACAUUUCCAUCAAAAUUUUUCGUACGAGAAUCUGGUGGCGUUGUUGUACGUAAGGCAUCCCGCUUUGAACAACAAAUCGAAGAGCUGAAUGUUUCUGUGUUUGAUUUUUUACAAAAUUAUUCUGUCAAUAACAAUGCUGCUUGUGAAUAUCUUGGUUCCGUCCCUUUACCUGCGUACAAAAAGUCAAGAAAUCGUGGGGAUCGAGACUCAGUUGCAACUGCUUCCACGGAAAACACUAAUCCUCCUCAAAAGCGUAAAAUGAAUGGCCGAUUUGCCUAAGUUCUACCAAAUCGGUUUUCUUUUAUGAUAUUAUUUCUGACUAUGAAUUUUUAUUUUACAUCCAUUUCAAUUUUUUAAUCCCUUUUUUAGAUUUUUUUUACUUCCUUUAUAUUUUUUAUGCCUUAUUUACAGUUCGUUAUGCCUCUUUUUAUAGUAUUUUUAUGCCCUUCUUUACACUUUUUAUGUCGUUUUCUACCUUUUUUAUGCCCUUCUUUAGACUUUUUAUGCCGUUUUCUACCUUUUUUAUGCGUUUCCUUAUAGUUUCUUAUGAUAUUUUUUAGUUAUUAUUAUGUUUUUUUUAAAUUUUAUUAUGUCCUUCUUUAUAUUUUAUUAUGUCCUUC